AUGUCCCAAUUUAUUCGUCAUUUACACGUUCCUCCUUUGGCCACGAAAGGUUUUACCGAUGCGGUUGGUAGUACACCUUUGAUUAAGCUACAAAAACUAUCCAAGGAAUUGGGAAGAAACAUCUACGGAAAAUCUGAGUUACAAAAUCCAGGUGGUUCAGUUAAAGAUCGUGCUGCUUUGUAUUUGAUCAAUGAUGCAGAGAAAAGAGGGUUGAUUGACCCAAGCAAACCAGUAACCGUUGUGGAAGGUAGUGCAGGUAACACAGCUAUUGGGUUAGCUCACAUUUGCAAAGCAAAAGGCUAUAAGGCAGUCUUCUAUAUGCCAGAUACCCAAUCGCAGGCCAAAAUCAAUUUACUCAAAUGGUUAGGCGCAGAGGUGUACCCUGUUCCAGUCUGUCCUAUUACAGAUCCAUUGAAUUUCAAUAAUAGAGCGAGGGAUCAUGCCAAAAGACUCGAUAAUGCGGUAUGGACCGACCAGUUCGAUAAUCAAGCCAAUUGGAGGGCACACUACUACACAACUGGCCCAGAGAUUUUGAAACAAAUUGAAGAUGAAGGUUUGAAAUUGGAUGCAUUCACUUGUUCUACUGGUACCGGUGGUACUUAUACCGGUAUUGCGAAGUACCUAGAAGAAGCUACUAAAGGAAACUGUAAACUUGUGGUCGCUGAUCCUCCUGGAUCUGUUAUUUACUCUUACAUCAAGACUGGUGAAUUGAACAGAGAAGGAGGAUCGUUUACUGAAGGUAUAGGUCAAGGCAGAAUUACCGGAAAUAUGAAAGAAAGUGUCUCCAUAACAGAUGAUGCCGUGUUUAUUCCAGACGAAGAGUCGAUUAUAAUGCUUUUCAGAUUGUUGGAUGAAGAAGGGUUGUUCGUUGGUGGUACAUCUGCUUUGAACGUGGUAGCAGCAGCGAAAGUAGGAUCUACUCUACCUGAAGGCAGUAAUGUUGUCACUAUUUUGUGUGACUCAGGUCAUAAGUACGCUGAUAGGGUCUUUUCAAAAUCAUGGUUACAAAGCAAGAACCUUUACGACGUCUUACCAGAUCAUUUAAAAAAGUAUGCUUCUUUGCCAUAA